AAGACCGAGAUACACAAGGAAGAAUGGAACCGCCGGCUGCAUGAGGUUCAGGUAACCAAAAGGGACCUGAAUCGUCUGAUCAUGGACUAUUUGGUUAUCGAGGGAUACAAGUCGGCUGCAGAAGAGUUUAGUCAGGAAGCAGGUCUUCCCCCACCUGUGGACUUCGAGAGUAUCGAGAGCCGGAUGAACAUUCGAGAAGCGAUACAACGAGGGGACGUCGAGGACGCUAUCAUGCGGAUGAAUGAUCUGAAUCCAGAGAUACUGGAUACGAACCCUGCGCUCUACUUCCGGCUACAGCAGCAAAAGCUUAUUGAAUACAUCCGACAUAACCGAGUGGCGGAAGCGUUGCAGUUCGCGCAAGAGGAGCUUGCUCCGAGAGGGGAGGAGAGUCCCGAGUUCCUGUCAGAGCUAGAGCGGACGAUGGCCUUGCUUGUAUUUGAUUCUGCCUCGGCGCCAGCGGGUAUAUCGGAACUACUAUCGCCUGCUCAGAGAGUGAAGACGGCCGGGGAAGUGAACGCAGCCAUUCUAGAGAGCUCUAGCCAAGGGAAGGAAGCAAAGCUCGUUGGCUUACUCAAGUUAUUGUCGUGGGGGGAGGCCAUGCUUUCUGAACGUGCGGAAUUUCCGAGGGUAUGUGACCCCAAUUCGUGGAGCGUGCUCGGUAUUAAUGAACCAUUAGGUCGAUCUGCGAUCGCAGCUUGUGCCUGA